CCACCUUCUCUCCAUAUACCUGGUCAUUAUCUCCACAGGCCGCACAUUGCAUCAGAGGGGCCCGGCGGAUGUGGAGCGCUGGUCACUAGCUGGGAUGGAUGGACUGCCGAUCCAGCCGUCUAGAAGAAGAGGCCUCAGCCGGACGGCUCCGGUGCAGCUGAAGUGGACGCAUCUGGGGUUGAGCAUCUUCUUCCUGGUAUCGAUCACCAUGACCGGCUGCUUCAUCUGGCAAUAUAAACUUCCCAAACAAGAGCCAGUUCCAGAGGAGCAGAACAUCCCCGACAUGGUGCAGAUGUGCCCCCGAUUCCCUGAGCCGGUGUCUUUAGACCACCCUGUGCCUGUCCUGAAGGAGGCUCUGGAGAAGGUGGACAAGUACCUGAGGAGUAAGAUCCGCACCCCCGGGCUGCCCACCAUGUCCGCCAUAGUCACGUACAAUGACACUGUGCUGUGGACUGGAAACUUCGGGAAGAAGAAUGGAUCUGACCCUUCCUCAUCGGCUCCCAAUGAGUACACUAUAUAUCGAAUCGCCAGCAUCUCCAAGCUCUUCCCUUCCCUCAUGUUGUACAAGUUAUGGGAGGAAGGAGAACUGAACUCGCUGGACGACCCCCUGGAGCGAUACGUCGCCAAUUUCUCCAUCAAGAACCCGCUGGCCAGAGGGCGCCACCUGGAGCACAAAUAUAUGGCGGAUGGAUUGGCCUUCACCGAGAAGGGGGUACAGCCUGCGAAAGCCACAGCCGUGACUCUACGGAGGAUGGCCAGCCAGUUAUCAGGUCUCCCUCGGCGGUUGCGAUCCACAAGUUUGCUCUGGAAAGGUUCCACUCAGGAGGCCAUUGAGCUUCUCCGGGAUGACGUCUUGGUGGCCGAUCCUGGUACCAGGUGUCACUACAGUAACCUGGCAUUUUCCUUGCUUGCCCACAUUUUGGCUGAACACACAUCUGAAGGCGAGUACCAGCGGUGGGUGGCCGAUAACAUCUUGGACCGUCUCGGCAUGGAAGACACCGGAUUUGACUUUACGCCACCGAUCCUUUCUCAGAUGGCGGUUGGUUUCUACGGCAGUGGUCAGGUGGCACCGCUCUAUGACCUGGGCUGGUAUCGCCCCUCGGGUCAAAUGUAUUCCACAGCGGCUGAUAUGGCCAAGUUAGCGAUGGUGCUUCUAGGGACCUACCAUCGCCGGAUUUUAGAGCCAGACACGUUGAAGACUAUGCUGACCCCGCUCUUCAAGUGUUCCACCAACUACUUCGCCAACAAGACCGGGACCCCCUGGGAGGUCAACGAACAGCUCGGAUACGACAUCAUCCGCAAAGAUGGCGACUUGGAUGGAUACUCUGCCACCUUCUCCAUGAUUCCUAAGCUCUACGUUAGCUUUAUUGUCCUCAUGUCCGGGACGAGGCCCCAGGAAGAGGACAUCAUCGCUAAGACCUACAGCUUUCUGAUUCCAGCUCUGGAGAAAGCGUUCCGAGAGGCCGAGAAGAAAUUCCGCCCGGCUCCUAACCCAGCUCCGUAUAUCGGAAUCUACACCUACGCAAAUCUGACAUUUUAUGAGAUCAAGGUUGGACCCAAUGGGGUUCUGGUGAUGCAGCAGUUCGGGCCGCACAUUGAAGAGCUGAUCCCGGAGCGAUAUCGGACAAUUCAGCUCCACUACUUGGAGGAGAGGGUCCUGCAGGUCGUGUUUGACAAAGAAUUCCCGUGUAUCCUCCGCCUGGGAUCGGCGUCGGUCUCGUUGGAGACCCAGGACAGACAACUCUUCAACUUCUACCCCUACAACCCUCAGGGACUGUCUCCAGCGUUUGAUGCCCCCGGACUGAACACCUACAAUGUCCAGCGCAUCCACCAGAAGCCUGUCUUCUACAACUGAGAGGUGAAUGACACAAUGGGCACAAUAAGAGGAACUCAAAGCCUCCACCACCGCCAAGUGAGACAGGGGGCGCCAUAAAACACGGGGGGCAGGUAUUGUAUAUCUCUGUCUCCGAGAUGUGGAGGAGCGAAGAACCAAGAGAACAAUGAGGGGUUAAUGGGCGGAGGAAAGAGGCGAUUGGUAUACGAUAUGUCAUGAUAUCUCCAGAUCUGACAUCUGUGACAUCACAUGACAUCUCUGUGACAUCACAUGACACGUGUGCGCAGCAUUGUACAUACAACUCCAACUAAUAAAGGUGA